ACGCACACACACACACACACAUGCGCGCGAGCGCUUCAACACCGCAGACAUCACACUGUGUAGAAGCGGCGCGUGAGAGGUCAUUCAGUUUACAGGCAUCCCGGGCUCAGUCUUCUGUUUUAGAUUUUGAUAAAGAAAGUAAAUAAGGAAAGAUGUCUGGGGAUUUGCCGCUGAACAUCAACAUCAAGGAGCCACGAUGGGACCAGAGUACAUUUAUGGGCAGAGCUCAGCAUUUCUUCAUGGUGACCGACCCAAGAAAUGUACUGCUUUCAAAUGCGGUUCUGGAGGACGCACGAGUCAUUAUUGAGGAUUACAGAAAGGGAAUUGUGAAACCAGGCCUGACGGAGGAUCAACUAUGGAGGGCCAAAUACAUCUACGACUCUGCCUUCCAUCCUGACACGGGUGAGAAGAUGCUGCUGGUCGGUCGCAUGUCUGCACAAGUGCCAAUGAACAUGACCAUCACAGGCUGCAUGCUUACUUUCUAUAGGACGACUCCAGCAGUUGUGUUCUGGCAGUGGGUCAACCAGUCCUUCAAUGCCAUCGUCAACUACACUAAUCGUAGUGGAGAUGCACCAAUCACUGUAAAUCAGCUUGGAGCAGCCUAUGUCAGUGCCACAACUGGAGCUGUAGUCACUGCUCUUGGCCUCAAGUCCCUCACCAAGCACCUGCCAGCUAUUAUUGGACGUUUUGUUCCUUUUGCUGCAGUGGCAGCGGCAAACUGCAUUAACAUUCCCUUCAUGAGACAACGGGAACUGAAGUAUGGCAUUCCUGUCACUGACGAGGAGGGGAAUCGCCUGGGAGAGUCUGCCAGUGCUGCUCAGCAGGCCAUUGUACAGGUGGUGGUGUCCCGAAUCGGCAUGGCAGUACCAGCCAUGGCUAUUCCUCCUGUUAUCAUGAAUGCCCUGGAGAAAAAAGCUUUCAUGAAGCGUUUCCCAGUGCUCAAUGCCCCAGUACAGGUUGGGCUUGUGGGAUUAUGUCUGGUGUUUGCUACUCCAUUGUGCUGUGCCCUGUUCCCACAGAAGAGCUCUAUGAAGGUGAGCGGGCUGGAGCCUGAGCUGCAGGAGAGUAUACGACAGAGCAAUCCUAACACGACCGUGGUUUAUUUCAACAAGGGCUUGUAAGAGACACUUUCUUCAAGUCCAAACUGCAGUCUGUACUUUGCUAUAACAAGAGUUCAGUGGACACAACUUGAAAAGUAAAUAUUCUGUUUCUUUUUAUUUUUGUUAGUUAGUUAGUUUUUUGCUUAAAAAUGAACAGCGUAUUAUAAAACCUGCACUUUCCCUCAAGAUAAUAUGCAAUCCCAGCUGACUUGUAUCUAAGGUAGAUGGUACAAUGAGGAUGUCAGAGGAUUUUGUUACUGCUGAAUUAACUAUCACAGACCCCCCCCCACCCCCACCCCCAUGUGCUAAUAUUAACGUGCGGAGUCCCAAAUUAUUUUUCAAUGCAAAUUCUAUUUAUCGUUAUUUAUUUUUAUUUGCAAAAAUAUUUGAUGUGUGUGUAUUUGUUAGUGUGUUUAGACCUACAAUAUUUAUAUCUAACUUUCCAGACCAAACAUUUGUCCACAGUUUAAGGUAUGCAAUUACUAGAAAUGGUCUAGGAGAAUCACUUUUGAAUCUUGGGAUUAAUUGUAACCAGUUUAGAAGUUUCUUCUGGCAUGCUCCUGUGUGUAAAAAUGAAGUGCUCUUAACCAUUACAACCCUCCCAGCACUGACCUAACAGAUUCCAGUGGACAGGAAAGUUGUGAUGUAUAAACACUCCUUCAUAAAUACAGGCAGAUCUAAACAUUUUGGUCAUUGAUUGUCAUACUAAGUCAGUGCGUGUAUUUAAGCCUUGUGUGGUUUUUAACUAGUCGGUGGUGAUUGGUGCACAUAUAUUUCAGAUGUUACUUUGUGGUUCUAGAGUGACUUGUGGGUGUAGUAGUGUCAGAACUGCUGAAGAAUGUGGUGUCUGUGUAAUGCUUAGUCUAAAAGUUUCUUUUAUUUGACCAUAGGCCUUUGCGAAGACAAAUUUCCAAACAACAGAGAAACAUGAAAUGAAUUUUUAAAGUGAAAUAUUUCUAUUUUAUGCAGCCACCGAAGCUUGACAUAGUGUUUUAAUUCUAGAUUACUGGUAGUCCUGCUGCAUGGACUGCUGGCAUAUCACCAUACAGCACUUUUCUUUUACUCAUCUAACGCACAACCAUUUAAAAACGUUCAUGAUUGUUUUAUAUUAUGCGCACUGUACCUUUACAAUACAAAUGUAAAUUCUUGAUACAUACAAGAUAUAUACGUAAAUGUAUAUUUGUUUAGAAAUGUCAGAUAUAAUCAGUCUGUGUGCCAGUUCUGAAAUAAGCCAUGAUGGGUGCAACAUAAAAUUCUAUUUAUUUUAAUGUGAUUGGAUUGUGAUUGUACUGAUGUACCAAAAAUGUGAUUAUAUCCCUGUUAAGAUAUUAAGAAAACCUCUCUAGAAUCCCUGUUCUGUUUGGAGCAUAUAUGAUCAAACAUGUAGUUCAUAAAGUAUUGUAGUGAGGUGAUAAUGUUUUGUGUUGUUUCGUGAAGACUUUCUAUGGAUGAAGUUAACAUACUUUGCAGUGUUUCUUCCUGUCUUUCCACAUGAACCAUGUUUUAAGAGGAAAAACAUUCUCUGAAUACCCACUUAGUGGCAGAAGACAUCUCUACUACUGCAGUGACCUAUUCAUAUUCACUACAUGGGCUGAUGCACUAAACACUGGCAUCUUUGAAUUAAUCUAUUGUUUUGGAUAUUAUGCAAAUGUAUAAAUAACAGUUAAAAUGAUCAUUUUCAGAUAGAAACCUGAAAUUAAACAUAAGGUAAAAUGCUCUAUAGAUUUGUGGACCCGUGUAACAAAGGUAAAAUGUUGGCUUGCAGAGUUCAGAGCACCUUAUUGGUUCAAAUACAGAUGAUAGAAUUAGGUUAGGAAUGGCACAAAAUGUCUUGACUCUAGCGUUACUGUUUCAACAUUGACAAGUAUGUUAAGAUUUAAGCACGUGUUAAGCAGUGAACACAUCGCCUUCGGAAAUCUCCUCCGUGAAUGUACUGUAAGCAACCAGUAUGUAACUGAAUUCUAAAUAAUAAAAGUUAUAGCACA